AGACGCGACCAUGGGUAUGGCACAAAGUAGUUCUUCAACAGACUCCAAGACAAGAGCCAGGGAGUUACGACAAAAGGUUCUGCAAGAUCUGGAGGAACGAGUUUUAAGUGCUAUCAUAGACCAUGACACGGUGGACUCUUGCAAUAACAUCAGAUCCACUAGUGAGCUUGGUUACCAAAAUACAGAAAUCCCAAACCAACAAGAAACACCUCCACAAAACCUGCAAGAAAAUGUCAACAUUAAAGACUACAAUUUCCCGUAUGAAAAUCUGAUAUUCGAAGGCGGCGGAAACAAGGGACUGGCUUACAUUGGAUGCCUUAGAUGUCUAGAAGAGUUCGGAGUGAUGUCACAGAUAAAGAGGCUGGCAGGAACCAGUGCAGGGGCAAUAACUGCAACAUUUCUCGCCCUUGGCUAUGAAUCCCAGGAAGUCAAAAUGUUAUUUCAUCAAAACAUGAAAGACCUCUUGUUUGAUAAUUCAUGGGGCUAUCUUAGCCUGAUUCCUAAUUUAAUACGGUCGUUCGGUUGGAACCCUGGCACCGUCAUCUACCAAUGGUUUGGAGACAAGAUCAAAAUGAAAUCAGCUGACAGCAAUCCGGAUAUGACGUUUAAAGACCUGUACAAAGAGAGAGGUAUUGAGCUGUGCAUAGUCGUCACCAAUGUCAACAGAAGGAGGGAAGAGUACUGCCAUGUCAAAACCACACCUGACAUGCCCAUCAGAAAAGCUCUUAGAAUGACUAUCGGAAUACCUGGUAUUUUUAGUGCUAUAUUCCAUGGCGAUCACGGCCAGACGGACACCUAUGUGGAUGGAGGUGUGCUGUGCAAUUACCCAAUUCACGCUUUUGAUGGAUGGUACCUUUCCAUGUUUCCUGAAGACUCCUUUCUUCAACAAAUUACAUCCCUUGAUAACAUAGCUGACAUUAUGUUGAAACGUUUUGAUAAAGUCAAUGACAAGAGCCUAGGAUUUCUUCUGUAUAGCGACGACGAGGAGGAGUUGCUGCGUGAUUGCUUGGAAGAAAGACUGGGACCACCUAACUCACCUUCAGAACCGUCUCCUCCAACUAAACUGCUCAGAGAACGUCGACAAAAGAUGAAAAUUGUGCCAAAAGUCAAAACAGAAUAUGAACGUGUAGUACAAGUAGGCCACAGAUUUAUGAAUAUGUUAAAAAAAUAUAACUUAUUGGACAAAGAAAUCAUUAGUAAGACUGAAUUAGCAAGAGCUCUACAAGAUAAAGAUGUCUUCUCUGAAGAGGAUUUCGCUUUGUUGUUUGGGACUGGAGUUGAUGUGGAGAAGGUCUUCAGUGUCCUCGACCAAGACGGCAACGGAAUGAUUUCUACUCUAGAACUCAGACAGUUUGUUGAGACAAUAGGAGUCAGAAUACAGACUUUACAUGAGAGAUACAAGAGACUUGAGGUCAAUUCCUUGAUGCAAUUCUCUUCCACCUUACUCAAUACAAUCUUGGUGAACUCAACAUCCAUCUUUGUCAAACAAAGUGAUGCAUCCAGAACAGUGGGGAUCAAUACUGGAUACAUCGAUACACUGGACUUUGUUCUUGAAGACGCAGACGUGGAAUUUGUGAUACAGCGAGGCUACGAAGCUACAAAAAACUUUCUAAAGUAUUACGUUACACAAAAGAAAGCUGACAAGAGGUUAAACUCACAAGUGCCUAGGACGGAGUCGUCAAAUACUGAAGAAUUAGACAAACACAGCAAUAGUGGUCAUGUACAUUUAGCUGAAAUAUCUACAGACCUCUAGGAAAAUAAGAAGUCUGAGGACAUGCUGUAAGUUCGUCCACCAUAUGCAAGGGAACCACGGGAAAUAACUUAUGGCCUACUCAGAUCGGAGAGUGGUUGGUAUUCUGCUUGCUUGCAAUAUUGGAUGUUGUCUUGAAUCAUAAUUUUAAAAUUUAAAUUGUUUUUGCUGACUUAUAAUCUUAUAUACUUUAUAAUUAGUACGCAUAUUUUUAUGACUAUGAUUUCUUAAAAAACAUUUCUUUUAGCAGAAAUGGAGCACGCCUGCUGAUUGUUAUAGAUUUGUGUGUUUAUGGUUUUUUAAAACUAUGAAUUCAAUACGAAUGACAAAUAUGCCAUUUAAUGAAAUAAAAGAUGAACUGUUGAAACAUU